UCUGACUCGUCCACUCCACAGUGUAAUGCAAUUAUUCAGCUCAGGUCAUAGGCUACCAUAGGAUACAUACAUUUCCCACUAUUCUAUGAACAAAACAAAACUACUAAGGUGAAUUAGUUGAGAGGUCACAUAGUUUUCACGUCGUGUUGUGUAGAAAUAGAAUAUAAACAAUGGACGGGGAUUUGCUGGGACUGGGAUUCGAACCAGCGCCGUCCCAAGCUCCGAGCUCUACCGCUCAGCCUCCAACCGAGGCUGCACCACCAACUGUAGCACCACCAGCUGUAGCACCACCAGCUGUAGCACCACCAGCUGUAGCACCACCAGCUGUAGCCCCAGCUCCCCUCCCUGCGGCAGAGGUCAGCCCACCCUCCCCACAAAAACAGGAAGUGACGUCGGCGCCUGAAACAAAACCGGAAGUGAGCGCUUCAGAUGCAGACCUGAAACAAAUCGAGGCUAAAUUCGGAGGUCAAUGGAAGCUUGUGCGGUCUGAUCCAUAUGACGAAUACCUAAAGGCUGUCGGUAUCAAUUUUUUCAACCGUAAGGUGGCCGGAAGUGGGGCGCCGGAAGAAAUUUUCUUGGUGAAAGAUGGCCGCAUCUACAUCAGCUUCCGGUCGACGUUCCACAACCAGAACUACGUCUUCACCCUGGGGGAGACGGUGGAGAACUUGGUGGAGAAGUCACGACAGAGCGUGUUCACAACUUUCAAGGACGGCAAGCUAAUCCUGCAAAUGACACCCGUAGAGGAGGGGUGGGGCAAAACACAGGAGGUCGUCUGGGACGUUAAUAAUCUGGGGGAGCAUGAAGUGAUCUACACGUGUGGAAGUGCAACCUGCAGACGAUAUUUUGCCAAAAUGUUGGCGGCGACGGGCCUGGAACCCCCACCAUUGACGUGAUAGGAUUCCACUGGUGUUUUGUUAAAUGAUUGUAUAUAGAGUGGGGCACCCACUGUGGCCAGGCAAGGGGUUUAGUCACGUGGUUUGGUCACGUGCGUUGUUCAGAUAAUUCUGGGAAGAUUUCUGUUUUUAUUUUUCCAAUGCAAUAGUCUCAUGAUGAAAGUAACAAUGUUCCAAUAAAGGAACUGAGUAUUUU